ACUACCACAGCAUGGUGCGUUCAGCCAUUAUGACCCUACUGGAUGCGGCCACUGGCAGGAAGGUGGCUGAGGGUCACAAGGCCAGCUUCUGCCUCGAGGACACCACGUGUGACUUUGGCCACCUGAAGCGUUUACUUGCCACAUCGCACACUCAGGGGCUGAGUCCUGGUUGCUAUGACACCUACAAUGCAGACAUUGACUGUCAGUGGAUUGAUAUCACCGACGUCCAGCCCGGGAAUUAUAUUCUAAAGCUUCAAGUAAACCCCAAUUAUCUUAUCCCAGAAUCUGAUUUCACCAACAAUGUGAUCCGAUGCAACAUUCAUUACACGGGGCAACAAGUCGCCACUACAAAUUGUAAAAUAACACAGUCCUGAUCUUCAAGUUUUGAGUCUCAAAACACUGCCUCCAUACUGCUUGAUCUUGUCGCGUGGGGGGCGAACUUUAUCCGGGAGCGGCUGUGGUUUGGUAGCUGUCACAACCAAAGUAUCCAAGAGGGGUGCCGGGAGACCUGUGGACCUGGAGGCGGCCCCACUACAUAUAAACCUCCGCACUGACCCGUCAGCUAGCGCGUGUGUGUGUGUGUGUGUGGACAUCUGGAAAAGCCACUCUUAGCACCCCUCGCUACAAUCUAGGCAUGCCCAUUAGGAAAA